GUAACAUAAUGGAUGCCAUGACCUGGCCUUUGAUAUCAGUCUCUUCUGCAUGCUUGCGAGGCUGCCCUUUGAGAAGGUUGUGCCCUUCCGGUUCCUAUAUAAAGCCGUCCUUUGAGGGAACUAGUAACCGUUACAGAAUCCCUCCAGGAAGGAACUUAACAGGAUGUUCACGUUUCUGACCAAACUUCCCACCCUCGUACUCUUUUUGGCUGCGUUUGGGGUGUCUCUCUCGGCGGCUCUCCCGGCACGUAGCGAACCGCUCGAGCCUACUGUGAAUGCAUAUGCAAGACGUUUGGAGCUGCUCAAGGGUCCGCUUGCCCCUAAGGGCUCAAGUCGAGAGUGUGCAUACAAGUAUCUCGUACAGUAUGCCGUAGCAAAUUUGCUUGAUAAGCGGAAUCUUUCGAUGGACACAGGGAUUUUAAUCUACAGCAACCCCAUACUAAUGAGUUUCACUCAACAACCCACCCUAACAAAAGUUGCAUCGCAUUCCGUCAACUUUUUGCCCAAGUGGUGCACAUUUUAUGACUUCCCCCAUCGUGGCAUGACUUCCGGCAGCCAUCUGAUGAUCUCACGAAACGGUUUAAGAUAUAUUGGGACAUUGCCCUUCUUGCACGGGCUCCGGAGGAUAGUUGUGGGUAGUUUUAAUGCAUACAGUGGAUAGUACGAGCACAUACCUUCACUGAGGAUUUCUUCCAGCGAAGCCGUGGCGGUGGUAUGUGGAAUGACAUGAUUAAAAUCGUGCUCCGCUCAACCUCUCGCAAACCAAAGUAAGAGUGUCUGGGGAACGACACAAUGGUCGAAGAAAAUUCUGCUCCAACUCCAAUAAUCCUCCAGUGGGAUUUUCCACGAAAAUCCUGU